AUGGCUUUUAUGAAUGCUCUCCUUGCCAGCAUAGCUGAGGUUGAACAGCAGAGUGAGAUGGAUACUCGAGUUUCGACGUGGAAAGAAAGAAUUGAGCAUGCCUUGGAAGAGCAGGAUAAAAAUCCACCUUUUGAUAUCGGUUCAUACGGAGAACAAAUCCUUGACACGCUUUCAAGUAGAGACAAUACGGGGAUUGCAUCUUUUAGUGAGAUUGUUAGUGGCAGACCAAAGUAUGAGGUUGCACGAACAUUCUCUGCCCUGCUCCAGCUGGUGAAUGGCAGAAGUGUUGAUCUGGACAAAGGACAAGCCACGAAUGAGCUGGUGUGUUACACAGUCGAGAAUCCAUUCCAUGUAAAGGUCAUCGGUCCCAACCGGAGGCCAGAAAUGGAAGCACGCUUUGCACGGAAGCGAGGGAAGUCCCCACUGCAAAAUCCUGGCCAAAGUGGUGAGUCCUCCCUGGCGCAACAGGAGUCCCUGAAGAAACCAUCGCAUAAAAAUGGCAAGAUUCCAGUCAAUACAGCUAUCAGGCUGACUCCUGAUGGCAAGCGAAGGCGAAAGUCAGCUGCUCACCUAAUGCAGCCGAUCAACCUGGAAUCCAGCAGGUGAAUGGACUGUAACCUCAGAUUGUGAUUCUUGUUGUAACCUCAGUGGCAGGGUGGGCUGUAACCUGUAAGUUAUGACUUAGGCCUAGGUAGCGGGUGUACAUGUAUAUUAGUUCGUUGUGCUGUUAUGUAGGUACGCUAUCAGCCCCAAGUGUAAUGUUAACAGGGCAAGAUUUGUUGACGGACUUGCCCUUUUAUACCGGGACGACA